AGUAGGAACUGCUUAUCUUUAGCCUAAUAGGCUGAUCACACCGCUCGCGUCGCGAAAUUUAGAAAUCGAUGUUAUUAAAUGCAUGUGCCAACGAGCAUCUGCGUUGCUAAGGGCUAAAAUAGAAGUAAUUCCUAUUUCUGACGCAGAUCGCGCUGCAAGUCCUGCCUCUCCCAUCUCCUCAUUGGUUUACGCUUGGAACACACCGACUGUGUCUUUGCGUUUUGAUACACCAGAAGUACAUUCAUUUGCACUGGAACUGCACUUGCCUUGCAGCAUUGUGUUGCAGAGGCAGUUGCAGUGCGUUCUGCGUGGUGCAUAUUGGAUUUUUCGAACGUAUGCAUAAAAUUGUAUGCAUUGAAUUGACAGAAAGUAGCAAAAUGUGAAUGUUGAAUUUUUAUUGCACACAUAUCAAGUAAAAAAAAAAGUGGGAUAACAUAAUUAAAACAUUUUGGCUGUAGAAUUUCUUUAAAACAUUUUUUAUAAAUGUAUUUGCCAAGUAUAUUAUUUAUUCGAUGACAUCCACAAAUUAAUUGUGAGAGAGCCUAUCGUAUAAUUUCCCUCCAAAAUGCUGUUUUGGAGCGAAAUGCAAUAAUAAAUAGUCAAGAUAGCAGAGUAGGCUCUUUCAACAAUGAGACCAACAUUGAGGAAGGUGGUCUUGAUCGUGCUGUUGGACCGGGACCAGCCCCGCAGAAAGCGCCGUUCUGUGUGGGUCCAGAGAUGGUUAAAGUCCCGAAAGCAAGUAGGAGAGUACCACUGUCUCAUUCAAGAGCUUCGACUGUUUGGAAGAGGAAUUCCGAAGUUACUUUCGUCUGGACCGAAGCCAGUUCGAUCACCUGCUCCAGAUGGUCGGAGCCAGGAUCGCUCGAAUGGAUACCAACUACCGGGAGUCCAUCAGCCCAGAUGAACGCCUGGCGAUUUGUCUCCGAUUCUUGGCAACGGGACUCCUACAGGACCAUCAGAUUCAGCUUCCGAGUUGGACGUUCCACGGUGGCAGGCAUUGUCCCCUCUGUGGCACAAGCCAUUUGGGACUGUCUGGUUGGUGAAUACAUGUCUCUCCCCAAGGAGGAAGAUUUGAGGGGUAUCGCUGCCGAGUUCCUGGAGAGGUGCUAUUUCCCCAACUGUCUUGGCUCCAUUGCCGGGAAACAUGUGGUAAUCCAGGCUCCACCGUGCUCAGGUUCACAAUUCUACAACUGCAAGGGUACAUAUUCAGUUGUACUCUUGGCUGUAGUAGAUGCCGUCUGCGGUUUCCGUGUUGUCAAUGUUGGUGCUUACGGCAAGGGAAGUGAUUGCGGGACCCUCCGGGACUCUGCCUUCGGCCAGGCAUUUCAGGAUGGCACCCUGGAGAUUCCACCACCUGCAUCACUCCCUGGGGCAGAAGACCUGGGACCUGUUCCCCACGUCUUCGUCGGCGAUGAAGCCUUCCCUUUGCGACCCAACCUCAUGAGGCCCUACGCUGGACGCCAGCUGCCAUUGCUAAAGCCUGUAAGGAUCUUCAACAAACGACUGUCCAGGGCAAGGCCACAUGUGUUCUCCACAACUACCUGCGGAGGUCUUUUCCAGGAGCCGCUCUGGAUGAAGAUGUGCACGCCAAAUGGUUACCUACCUGAUGUCACCAGGGCAGGUGUCAACAACACCCCCAGACAGGCACUCCAGUUUGAAUGGGCAUGGCAGAAUCCCCACUCCUCCCGACGCCUGUCCCACGUCACCCGGCGCUCAAAGAAGGAAUCCAGCCUGCAGUUCCACUGGCGUGUGGUGUCCAACAUGUUGCGGGUGAUGCCGUGGAGCCGCCUGCCCCUCACCACCCGCUGGCUCAAGCAGGAGUACAGGAUGGACUUUGAGCCUGGCCUUCAGCCGCCGCUGCACGUCCCUUUGGCCUACGGCAGCAUCAGGGCGAGGAAACAGAAACUGAAGGAUGUGGAAGAGGAACAAGAGGAGAAGGGUGCAGAUAUAUGCCUCCUUUGUCAGGGGACUGUUAAGUCUGCAGAUAAGAUGACCUGCUUCCAUCCCUUAUGUCACAUGACCAGCCACCUGAUUUGCUUAGCCAAACACUUUCUGACGGGUGAGGCCGCACAUCUCCUUCCUGUGGAGGGGGAGUGUCCCGGUUGCCGUCACUCAGUACUGUGGGGGAGUCUGAUUCGCCACAAGAAUGGCUGUUACGGAGACCUGGAGAAGAACACAUCCUCAUCCCAAAACCAUUGGACAGAUGAACUGCAGUUCUAAUCUGAAUGUGAUCAGUCAGAACCUUCCUAAUAUGAACUUUGAACUGCUACCGAGUCACCAUGAUUGUACAGAGAAAAGACUGCGAAGAUAGGAUGAAAUACAGUAGAUCAAUGACUAGCAAGUUACUCUUUAAUGGACUUCCUGCAACAGCAAAGGGUUGAUCAAUUGAUUGAUCCAUCAGAAGAUUUAAUGUAUGCACAAAAAUCAUGCUGAUCUGGUGUGAAAAAUGUUUUUAAUGCAGCAUCUGAAACCUUUUUAGAUUGUAUCUGUUAACUAAAAAACAAUCAUGAAUAAGGCAGUUUUAAAUGUGUGUGUAAAACCUAUGUAUUGUAUGUACAACCAAUAAAACAUGGAUGCAUUGUUUUGGA